CAUAUAGGUUUUGAUUUUUGAUUCUUUAUUUUUAUUUUCUAGGGCUUCUCUUUCGCUCUCGUUCGCUUCCAUGGCUUCCAAACGCCAGCCCGUAAAAGAAGGAAAGAAGGCAACAGCAGCAUCAGCAACAGCAGAAGAAGACUUCAAUGGCGAGUCUCCUCUCCUGAAAUCGGUGAGCGAACUCGACACCCUUUCCUCUGCCAUCUCCACCUUCACUCUCCGAUUCAACGAGUUGCAGAACCAUCUCAAUUCCAUCCUUACAUCCCUCCAAAACCCCUCCCAAGACCCACAAAAGGAAAAGGACGACGACCAAAGAAACCCGGCUCAAACAGACCCUCGUUCUGAUCUCCAACGCCUCUGCGACAUCAUGGACAGCCGCGGCCUUCGCAAGUACAUCGUUCGCCAUCUCUCCGAGAUCGAUAAGCUCCGUACCGACAUUUCUGAGGCUCUGAAGCGCGCUCCCAACCUCCCGCGGCUCGUCUUGGACUGCAUCGGACGUUUCUAUCUGCAGGGCAUCAAAGCCUAUGCGAAGGAUGCUCCAAUGGUUGCGACCCGCCGCGCUUGCAUUCUCGUCUUGGAAGUCUUCCUCGCCUCCGGAUGUUCCAAGAUUGAGGGGUCCCUUGAGGAGGAAGCCAAGACGGCUGCAGUCGCAUGGAGAAGUAGGCUCAUCCAGGAGGGCGGCAUUAGCAAGGCCAACAGUGCAGAUGCCCUCGGGUUGCUGCUUUUUGUUGCGGCAUUUGGGAUUCCAUCAGAGUUUGGGAGGGAUGAUCUCUAUGAGCUGAUCCAGUUGAGCGAUGCACAGAAGAAUGCCAAUGUCCUUUGUCACUCCCAUGCACUCCUUGAGAGGAUUCAAGAUAUCAUACAAGGGAUGUUGAAUAAGCAGAAGCAUGUGGAAGCUGUACGUCUCUCUUGUGCUUUCAGCCUCAAGGGUGAGUUGUCCCCUCUGUCCCUGCUUUCAACCUUUGUGAAGGAAAUCAAUCAAACUGGGGUAGACUCAAGGAAAGAAGGACAGUUUUCCUACCGGUCUCAGAUAGAAGCAAAUCAAAAGCAUAUAGCUGGCUUGAAAUCAGUAGUCAAGUGCUUCGAGGAUCACAAGCUCAACGAUUCUGCGGAGUUUGCUAAAUGGAAGAUCCAUGAGAAAAUUGCCAAAUUAGAGAAAGAAAUCUCAAAAUUCGAGCAGAACUUGGAAAAGAGGACAAUUUUGAAGAGAAAAACCAAUGAACUUGGAUCCUCAGUCAAAGUGGAAAUGCAAGAAGCAAAACGUCAUCAGCCGACUGCCAUGAAAUUAUCAUCCCCCAGACUGGCUCCUGCAGCUACAGUGCCAUCUCAGGAGCAGAGCACAUACAAGGGAUUGCUCCCGAGGACCUUGUAUGAUGGUGGAUUCACAGGCUCACUCAAUGGAUUGUCAGGUUCCUCCACAAAACCAGAUCCUUCGCUAUCCAAUGGAAGUAGCAUGAGGCUGAUGGCUGGGAAUGUUCAUGGUGCAUUGUCAGGACAUGGUGCUGGGGUAGCAGCAGGAAUGGGGCCAUCAGCUGGAUCCAGUGCCGGGAUAUAUGCAGGAAAUGAUGUUGGUCCGUUUGCUGGAGUUGGCAGUGUGCUCGGAAGCUCUGCUGGGCCAUUCACAAACGAUGGGGUUGCAGCAGCAGGAAGCGGUGUUGGACUAUAUUCAGAAAAUGGUGUGGGUGGUCCAUAUUCUGGAGUUGACAGGGAGCUGUCAAUCAGAAACUCAUUUGAGUCAUUCACGAACGAGAGGUUCACAUCAGCGGCAAGUGGUGUUAGGCUGUACACACUAAAUGGUGUUGGUUCAUACACUGGAGGUGGCAGUGGGACACCAGUCAGUUCUGCUGGGCCAUACCCUGAUGAUAGGGUUGCAUCGUACAGGUGGCAUGGGGAUGCAACCUUCAAUGGCAGCUCUGCUGGUCAAGGGGUACCGCCUCCUGCAGUACAAAGCCUCAUGGGGUCGUAUGCAUCUGUUGGUCAAGGGCUACCGCCUCCUGCAGUACAAAGCUUCAUGGGGUCGUAUGCAUCUGCAGUGCCAUCCCACAGAGGCCGAAGUCCUGAUAUGUAUCAGUUUGCUGACACUGUCCUUGAAAGAGAAUACAGCGGCUCUCACACACGCAACACUGGUCCACCUUCGGCAUCAGGCUAUCCUCCAACUCGUUUCUAAAUUUAUGAGCUAGAUCUGUAUGCUAUUGGGAGAUUUCUGGAUCUAGGAGUUCUGUAAUUCAGGUAUUUUUUGGCGCAGUAAUUGAUGUUUCCAGAAUUUCACAAUGAA